UACCAACAGAGAGAGAGAGAGAGAGAGAGAGAGAGAGAGAGAUGGAAGUAAUGAAAGUGCUUCACAUGAAUGGCGGAGUUGGAGAAACAAGCUAUGCUGACAACUCUUCUGUUCAGCUAGAGAUGCUAUCAAUGACGAGACCCAUCUUGGAGGAAGCCAUAACCGGCCUCUACUUAAGUAUCUCACCAUGGCCAUCAACCCUCACGAUCGCGGACUUGGGGUGUUCCUCAGGCCCGACCGCAUUUUUUGCAGUGUCUGAGGUUAUCGGAGCAGUAGAGAAUUUGUGCAGGAAGAUGGGGCACAAUGAGCCUCCCGAGUACCAAUUCUACCUGAAUGACUUACCAGGAAACGACUUCAAUGCCCUCUUCAGGGCGUUACCAAAGAUGCAGGAGGAGGAGGCCCGAUGUUUCUUCACCGGGGUUGCUGGCUCCUUUUAUGGCCGGCUCUUCCCUUGCAAGAGUUUACAUUUUGUUCACUCGUCGUUGGCACUCCAAUGGCUCUCUCAGGUUCCCCGGAUGAUAGAGUGUAACAAAGGGAAUAUAUACAUGGCAAGCUCAAGCCCGAAGAGUGUGAUGGAUGCUUAUUACCGGCAAUUUCAGAACGAUUUCUCAGUAUUUCUAAAGUGUCGUGCAAUGGAGCUUGUGCCGGGAGGAUGCAUGGUUCUGACAUUCGUGGGAAGAAGAAGCGAGGAUCGGUCGAGCUCAGAGUGUUGUAGCAUUUGGGAGCUUCUGGCCAUGGCUCUCAAUGAAAUGGUCUCAGAGGGACUUAUCGAAGAAGAGAAGAUGGAUGCAUUUAACAUCCCGCAGUACACACCCUCCCCAUCAGAAGUCAAGGCAGAGGUUUUGAAGGAACGAUCUUUCUUCAUCAACCAUUUGGAGGUCUCAUCAGAGGUGAAUUGGAGUGGUAACAACAAGAAUUUAAAUGGUCAUCGGAGCAGCAGCAACGGGGAGGACAGGGAAGGAUACCAUGUGGCGAGGUCCAUGAGAUCCAUCGCCGAGCCCAUGCUGAUAAGCCACUUCGGUGAAGAGAUCAUGGAGGAUGUGUUCCACCGCUACGGGAUGCUGAUCGAGGACCGGAUGGCGAAGGAGAAGACCGUGUUCAUCACUGUCACUGUUUCUCUCACGAGAAGGCCAGCAUGA